CGCUCCGGAUAGUCCACGUUUUCGUCGCUUCGCGUUGUUGCUCGUUGACCGGCUUAUACGAACUCGUACAUACUUGUAUACUUACAAUAAUAUAUAACGUACAUUUAGAGUAUCUUUGCGAAACGAUUUGUUGUAUAUUUACUCGGCAAAUUUUACAACGAAAACAGCAUAUCAUCACACGUCGUUUCCGAUCGGUACGCGGUUUUCAAAUUUAUAAUAAGUGUCAGAAGAAAAAAAGUUACACAAAUUAACCAAACGAUAUAAUAUUGUGCGUUACCUUUAUUGAUUAACCAUGACGUUCGAGUCUUGAAUGUCGUUGGACGCCGCGAAAAGCAACUCGGCCUUAAACUCCGAUUGGAUAUGCUCACACGUUUUGCAAACACCAAACAUGAACCAACAGUGUAAAGUUUGUGGAGAACCGGCCGCCGGUUUUCAUUUCGGCGCGUUCACUUGCGAGGGCUGUAAAUCAUUUUUCGGCCGAACUUACAACAAUUUGAGUUCCAUUUCGGAAUGCAAAAACAACGGCGAAUGCGUCAUCAACAAAAAGAAUCGGACGUCGUGCAAAGCGUGCCGACUCCGUAAAUGCCUGCUAGUAGGCAUGUCCAAGAGCGGUUCUAGGUACGGUCGUCGGUCCAACUGGUUCAAGAUUCAUUGCCUGCUGCAAGACCAAAAUGCGGCCGCGGCCGCCGCCACGCACGGCAACAGUCGGCCACCAUCGCUCAACGUUCCCGGUGGGUUCAACGGUUCGCCGCUAUAUCCGGGCGGCCUCAUGCAUCCUGGCCAUCCCUUUCUCACAACAGACAAAUUCCUGCAGGCCCGGCUUAACGGCUACGGCGCGGCGCUAAUGGCGCAAGACGACGCGUAUUGCCGUGCCGCCGGCGGAGGCGGUUCGCCUAAGCGCCGCUGGUACUCGGCGUCCGACGACUCCGGCGGCUCGUCCAUGCCUGAAGACGAGGAAGCCUCGUGCAAGGCCAGUCCGGUGCGCAGGCACAGCCCAUCGCCUCAACCAUGCAUGUCGGCCGCGUCGCCGUCCUCUUCGUCGACUUCGGGCGACAUCAAACCCGUCAUAAUGCCCGUCAGCCCAACGACCGUUUUGGGUACUUCCGUAUCCGGCUUCCACUCGCCGUACUACCCCAUGUCCGUCACCCGACCGGGUCUGACGCCGUUCGGUGGCGGGCUGACACUAUCCAUGGCGGCGGCUGGAUGGCACACCGGUCGCACGGCCACCGGCGGCGAUCUCAUGCUGUCCAGUCCGGCGCCCGGCGGCGUGGCCGUUGAACAAGAAUACCCCAUCGACUUGUCGCUUAAGAGCGGCUCCGCCACUGAACAGUAUGCCAAAUACAGCCGAACACCGCCCCGGUCGGAUCCAGAACCCGCCGCGGCCACAAUGCCUCUACCCCCGUCACCACUAGACUUGACCAAGCGGACGGCCGAAGUGUGACCGACGCCAAUGGAUUACGGUCGAGCAAUUUUAGCGAAAGUAACGCGAAACCCAAAUUUGUUUUCACCCCUGUACAUAAUAUUAUAUCGAAUUAUUGUAUUUUAUAAUUAUCAUUUUUCCUCGCUUCUACAGUGUAAUAAUAAUAAAUAAAUAAUAACAUCGUUAUUAUAAUGUUGUCGCCAUUUUUUUAUGGCAUCGUCCUAGUCAUUGUAAAACAAAGAAUAUAAUAAAACCGCUCGCGUAGCAUUAUAAAAUUACACCGUAUUAUCAUAUAGUAAGUCCAAAAAAAAAAAACAACGACAAAAUUAAUCGGAGGCACGCACCACACACAUACAUAAUACCUUUAAUAAUAUCAUACAUUGUAAUUUAUAACCGGUUAUUUUACGGUCUGUGUAUAUGUUUACAUUGCGGUAACCCCGUUUUCCAUUUUAGGUUAGCGAGAAAAACUAGAAAAUGUAAAACAAAAUAUUGCAGUGGGCACAUCGCGGUGUCAAAGACAAUAGGAGUUUGUCACAUUCGUCGUAAUAACAUAACAAUGCCGGUGGGCGUCUUGUCUUCGGUAUGAUAUUAGACAAACGCACUGUAUUAUACUUGCUAGGUACACACCCGUAAUUUAUUACCCGUAUUUUCAAAUAAUAUCGUUAUUGUUAUUAUUAUUAUUAUGUGGUCAACAAUAAUAAUUAUAAUAAUACAGUGCCCGAGCUCUGGUUUUCUUCAACGAACGACUGGUAAAGCGUAAAAAUAAUAAUAAGUACUUAAAAAAAAUAACCAAAAAGUGAGCUCUUCCCGUCGAAUCGCUCGUCCUCCUUUCCCAAAAUACCGGAGUUUUUUUUUUAAUAUUUAUAAGCCUUUUUUGUACUCGCGGUCUUCAAUGUACUGUAAUAAUAUUACACUUAAAAUAAUAUAGAACUUAAACGAAUAAGUAAUAAUUGUUGUUAUUUCCAAAAUUUGUUCGAGGGAUUUUGGCCAUUAAAUUAUUUUUAAUUUGUACAUAGUCUUGCUAUUAUGUAUACUUGUACUUAUAUAUAUUAUAUAAACGCUAUUACGACUUGUAAUUAUUCGCUAUUGGCGUUAUCAUAAUUAUUAUUAAUUUUUUUUUUUUGUUAUCUUAUAUAUAUUAUUAUAAUUAUUUGAUGUGUGAACUCGUCAGAAACACUUG